AUGAGGGAAGGAAGGAAGGUAGGUAGCAGAGGCACCCCCGGCGGGUGCCCGCUACCCCCGGUGGGUGCCUCUGCUACCCCCGGCGGGUGCCCGCUACCCCCGGCGGGUGCCCGCUACCCCCGGUGGGUGCCUCUGCUACCCCAGGUGGGUGCCCGCUACCCCCGGCGGGUGCCCCUGCUACCCCCGGUGGGUGCCCGCUACCCCCGGCGGGUGCCUCUGCUACCCCCGGUGGGUGCCCGCUACCCCCGGCGGGUGCCUCUGCUACCCCAGGUGGGUGCCCGCUACCCCCGGCGGGUGCCUCUGCUACCCCAGGUGGGUGCCCGCUACCCCCGGCGGGUGCCCCUGCUACCCCCGGUGGGUGCCCGCUACCCCCGGUGGGUGCCUCUGCUACCCCCGGUGGGUGCCCGCUACCCCCGGUGGGUGCCUCUGCUACCCCAGGUGGGUGCCCGCUACCCCCGGUGGGUGCCUCUGCUACCCCAGGUGGGUGCCCGCUACCCCCCGGCGGGUGCCUCUGCUACCCCCGGCGGGUGCCUCUGUUACCCCCGGCGGGUGCCUCUGCUACCCCCGGCGGGUGCCUCUGCUACCCCCGGUGGGUGCCGCUACCCCCGGUGGGUGCCGCUACCCCCGGUGGGUGCCGCUACCCCCGGCGGGUGCCUCUGCUACCCCCGGUGGGUGCCUGCUACCCCCGGUGGGUGCCUGCUACCCCCGGUGGGUGCCUGCUACCCCCGGUGGGUGCCUCUGCUACCCCCGGUGGGUGCCUGCUACCCCCGGUGGGUGCCUCCUACCCCCGGAAACCCACCUAGUGACAUAAACUCGUCUCUGCUCAGGAGAGGCCGGGCCGGGCCGGGCCGAGAGGAGCCGCUACUAGUGAACACAUCUGAGCUCUUUAUGAGGAGACUGUUAGACCGG